AUGUUCAGCUUCACCAAGGAGCUCCGCCGCAACCGUGGCACGAGUGCCGCGAUUGUGAUCCUAUCCAUUCUCAUCUUGGGCCUCGAGAUCGUUGCGCAGACUGGUUUCCCUCACUCCAGCCGCGACAACAGCACUUCAACGCCAGGCAGGCCAAGUCAGCAGGCGGUGGUUUCCGGCGAGCUGACGAAAACCCACUGCGGCUCGUCUGCCGAAGAGGCACGCCGACAGGGCUGUCGGUUUGACGAGCUCAGUCUUGCGUGGCAGGCGCCGGCCUGCUACGACAAAGAGACCAUCGACGAGUUCCUGGCGGCCGGCGACUGGGAAUUCUUUGCCGACGAGCACAGCACGGAAACCGUCCCGCACGACGAGCUGGCUCUGGCUCAGGAGCCGGUGCACGUCACCCUCCAGUUCCACAUAGCGCACUGCCUCUUUUCGCGGCGACAGAUGGUGAGACUGCUCCUGCGCGGGGCGGCCAUGGACACCCACUUGGGCGCGUACAGGCACACCGACUAUUGCGGCAAGACGAUGCUCAACGAGGAGGGGAGAGGCAACGACAGGCACACCAAGGCGCCGGCCAUCUACCCAGUGUGCAAGCCGCUUCAGGCUUGGGGGAGCUGA